AUCAAGAAAAGAAGAUGUGGAAUCGUAGAAUUGAUCUUAUAUAUCUGAUGUUGAUGCUACGAGUGGAAAACACCUUCACUACCUGUCCCGACAGCAACUGGUCUUUAAGAAAUGGAAUAUGCUAUUUAGCAGACGCUGCUGUUUCAAGAUCGUGGGAUGAUGCAGUUCAGUGGUGUAUCGACAGGAGUUCACUUCUUGUGCACCCAAAAACUCCAACAGAGAAAAACAACGUCUUUAAUAUAUUUACAGAAAAGGGCAUAGGAAGUUCCUGGAUAGGACUGGAUGAUAAACAAACCGAAGGAGUGUAUGUAUGGCAAGAUUCGUCUGUGUUACAACCAGCUGAAGUAGGAUGGAAAACAGGCAGUCCAGACCAAUGGACAUUUGACGAAGAUUGUAUUGAGUUGUGGCCAGACGGAUGGAACGAUGCAACAUGUGGUUGGUCAAAGAAUGUGAUCUGUCAGAUAACCGAAGAUGUACCAACAACAGUCACAGAAUCGACUACAAUAAUACAAACAACAACAGUUAUUCAAGAUCCUCCUACAAAUGGCAGAAAAUAUUGCAUGCGGUAUAAACCAUGUUUAGGUGGAGCCAUAAGUCCAUCCCCAGAUGAAAAGUCUUUGAUCAGAUGCGGAAGUAAAUGUUUGCAGUUUGUUGGAUGUUGUGCUUACUUCUUCAAUAGCACAAUCAGUACUUGUGAAAUACAGUACAUCUAUGGGGCAGGAUAUAUCGAUAUCAUGGAUCGCAUGUUCUUCGACGUGUGUUAGUACUACUACAAAUACUCCACGGAACAAGCGAAUGGUGGCAUAUUUUGAUGAAGUUAUAACAUUAAGUGAUUUUUAACGUGAUGCA